AUGGAGGCUGGUCCUUGUGUUGUGUGCGAGUGCCGGGAGUUCCUCAAGAACCCGUUCAAGCCCCGCUACUGCCGCAACUGCCAGCACGACCACGCCCCGCCUGCACCUGCUGGCGGCGGCGGGAACUCGUCGCCUCGGCGCUCCCCGCGCAUGGCCCCUGGUGGUGGUGGUGAUCGCAGCAAUAAUGCCGGCAUCAGCCCCCACAACGUCGUCGUUGGAAACGGACCCGGCGGCAGCGGCGGGCUGACCGGGUCGGGCAUCCUUUCCGCCCACAGCCGGCCCGUGCCUCCCGGCCCCAAGGUGCUGCCCCGCCUCGUUUCGCCUUGGCACCACCGCGUUGUGGGCGCACACUAA